CUCGCCGUUCAUUUCAAAGAGUCAGCAAUGUCACAGCAACCAGGACAGGAAGAUCCUCACCCAUUACGUGACUUCAAGGAAUAUCAAAAUGCACUUUUCACAGCGCUGACGGGUGCAACAAGAGCCGCUAAUGCUAUUCCCAUUGCCGAUCUCGGUUACUUUCGUUCGCUGGAUCGAGGAUUUGCAAAGACUUUGGAUAGCUGUAGUGAGAAAGUCCUCAAGCUCAGUAACAACAUGCUCAAAUAUGCCAGUGUUGAAGAAGCAGAAGCAGCUCCUCGAUUCUACGAUAUAGACGAUGUUAUGGAUCGCUUCAAUAUCGCUAUCGAUGUGGUGGACAAUUUGCUCGAGAAAGCUGAUGUUGGGUUGGAUGAAUUACGAGGACAGCGAAAUAGAACUGAACCUAUCAUGAACCAAACUUCUCCAGUUGUGGCUCAAGUCGCAACCAAGGGAAAAGCUGACUAUAAGAUGCUUCACGCUCAAAAUAUCAUACGGCCGCAGCUGCGAUUCAAGGAUACCAUAGACAAUUCUUCCAACACGCCAUUCAUACCGAAACUUACAUUCAAACCACACAGCAAAACUCCACUAGAUCCCCGCAUCACCGAAUUGCAAUCGCUUUCACUCACAUCAUCGCAUAAAUCAGACGAAAUAUUAGCCGCUUCGUCUUUAGCUCACCCAUAUGAAUAUGAAAUCAAACAUAUUGAAUACCCAGAGCAACUAUUCGAAGAAAAGCCUGAACAAAUCUACACUCCAUUCGACGACACCAAAGCAACUUGGGUUGAUAACGAAGAAACAUUGAAGGAGAUGUGUAGCAAGCUUGAAGCCGCCACGGAAAUUGCAGUGGAUCUUGAACAUCACGAUUACCGAUCAUUCCAAGGUUUCGUUUGCUUGAUGCAAAUCAGUACUCGUGACGAGGAUUUUAUUGUGGAUACACUGGAAAUCAGAGAUAAGCUGUGGAUGCUGAACAGCGCUUUCACCGACCCCAAUAUCGUCAAGGUGAUGCACGGUGCCACCAGUGACAUUAUUUGGCUUCAACGCGAUUUCGGACUCUAUGUCGUUGAUCUCUUUGAUACUUAUCAUGCUUCCAAGAUGCUCGAGCUCCCCGGACAUGGUCUUGCUUAUUUAUUGAAGCAUUAUUGUGAUGUGGAUGCCGAUAAGAAAUAUCAAAUGGCUGAUUGGCGAAUCCGACCGCUUCCCACCGAGAUGUUAAAGUAUGCCCGCAGUGACACGCAUUAUCUGUUGUACAUUUUCGAUCGUAUGCGACGUGAGCUGUUGGAACGAGGAAACGCCAACCAUAAUUUAAUGCGAAAAGUGCUUGCUGAUUCCGAAGAGACCAGUGUACGAAAGCACGAGAAGGAUGUGUAUGAUAGCGAAUACGGCACUGGAUUCAACGGCUGGCGCAAUCUGUUGUCCAAGUGGAAGACGGCGAUCAAUGCUCAGCAAUUUGCUGUGUUCAAGGCUAUCCACGCAUGGAGAGAUCAAACGGCGAGAGAUGAGGACGAGUCGGUUCGAUACGUCCUUCCCAACCACAUGAUCUUCUCCCUUUUGGACAAGAUGCCCACCGAUAGCACAGGUGUUAUUGGAUGUUGUAACCCUGUUCCGCCUUUGGUUCGCAUGCACUCCCACGACAUUGCCCUUGCCAUUCAACGGGCUAAAAUGAGUACGGGAGAUAAGAAAUCCAUUGUCAGUUUGGAAAGCAUGCCUGCACCACGACAUACUCGAUAUGCCGAUGAGGAUACCGACAUGCCCGAAAUACGACAAGAGGAUCGCCAAAAGCUUGAAGGCAGACCAGCUGUCAAGGACGUCGAUCCUAAAUUGUUUGAUUUGGCUUUGAUCGAGGAACAGCGUCAACUUAAUUACCAACACUUGGCCAAACCCGAAUCAUUCCUUUUCGGCACCACGACUCACAUCGAAGUGAGCAGUGAUGUGUCAUCCAAGCAGGCUGCGGACCGUAUACGAAUGUCGCUACGACUCAGCGUACCUGGUAUUGAAGAUGCCAUCCUCCACACCGAAGGUGUCAUGGAAGAGCCAGCUGAACAUGUGUAUACCAGUAAGACCGACAGGGUAACCAAAGAAGAGGUUAAACCAGUGAAGCCAAAGGAUUCUGAUAUCAUUGUCGUGAGGGAGACCCCCAAGAAGCGCACCAGAAAGCGAGGAGGUCCCAAUGUAUUCAAUCCUUACGGUCAAGUGGUUGAUGCAAAGUUCAAAAAACAGCCCAAGGUAGCGUCUGCGACAAAAAAGGCGGACAAAGCCAUGACGUUCAAAAAAUAGCUUAAGAAAUUGUAGAAAGAAU